UGUGUGUGUGUGUGUGUGUGUGUUUUAAAGAUGUAUGUAUUUCAAACAAACAAAACCUAAAAGGCUAAUCUGUCGUCUCUUGGAAUAGAUUAAAGACUUAGCCAAUGCCCAUAGCAUGGAACAGUAGACUCUAAUUCUUGCUACUGAAUGAUGAACAAACAUAGAUGGUUCUUGACUCAUUUUCCUGUAAUCCCUUUCUGAUUUAAAGAAAAAGAGCUGAAAUUAAUUGCUAGAAGUGCAAAAUAAAAUUGGAUUAAAAGUGUAAUUAAAUAAAAACAAAAGCGUAUUUGCACAGCUUGAGUUACACACUAACAUCUUUUUGUUUUAACCUUUUCUUUCAAGAUUAUUUAAAGAUCAUUUAAUGCUUAAUCCUUUUACUUUCACUUUUAAAUGCUUUUCAGUGAAGAUGACAAGUUAAUGUGUAGGGAAGUUAUUGGUCACUGUUGUCUUCCAUUUUGUGCAGUCAGCAAUGCUGGAAUGGGGCUCAUCGGACCAAUUGAAUGUCAGACUAUUGAUGAAAUGAAAACUGUCAUGGAUACCAACUUCUUCGGACUGGUUCGACUCCUAAAGGAGAUUUUGCCUGACAUGAAGAAGAGAAAGAGUGGGCAUAUAGUUAUCAUAAGCAGUGUUAUGGGAAUACAAGGUAUCUUAUUUAAUGAUGUUUAUGCUGCAUCUAAGUUUGCGGUGGAAGGAUUCUGUGAAAGUUUAGCUAUACAAGCACUCAAGUUCAAGCUGCAGUUAAGUCUGAUUGAACCGGGUCCAGUGGUUACAGAAUUUGAAAGAAAAGUGUUUGAAGAUGGAAUGAAAAUGGAUCUUUCAGCUGCAGAUGAGGAAACAGCUGACAUGUUUACUAAUAUUUACCUUAAAAAUUACAAACAAAUUUUUCAGAGCCUUGGACAAAGUGCUGAGGAAGUUGCAGAGCAUACAGUAAAGAUAAUACUUGCGGAAAAUCCACCUUUUCGCCAUCAGACAAACACCUUGUAUACGCCUAUGACAACACUGAAAUAUGCAGAUCCAAAUGGAGAUCUACCAAUUGAUAUAUUCUACAAAAUGGUUUUUCAUCAUGACAAAAUCUUCAGUGCAAGUCUUAACUUCAUCAAAUUGCUGAGGUGGAGAAGCAGAAAAAGCUUUGACCUGGGAAAAUCCUCAUCACAAUAAGCGUGAGAUUUUACAAGCUGGAAUAUUAGUUACAGCUACUGCUAACACCAUGUUGUUGUUUGUUCUGUAACUGUAUAAAGGCAUUCAAGAUCUUUGAGCUUACGUAAGAUAAUCACCUCAGUAUGUUUAUCUUUAGUCUGCAGAACCUUGAAAUUAAAAUCCUCUAUCUACAGGUUUAGUCCAUUUAGCAAUUGCUAUUUAGUUUUCUUUUUGUGGAAAGAUAAACAUUAACUUAAAUUCCUAAGUAUUUACUAUCAAGCUACCUGUUUCCCUUCAAUUAUAACCUAACACACACUGAGAUGUGUACUUUAUCAGAAGGCUUUUAAGAAUGUAUAAAUAAUUAUAUUUUAUAUAUGAAAAAUUUCAUUUAUCUUAAGGUGCAACAGCUAGAGUAUUUAUUAUUUCUAUUGAAGCUAAAGUAUUCUGAACACUUCCUUUAGAUCCUCUUACAAAUGUAUUACAGAAGAGUGUUGUUUUUUUGUUUUGUUCUGUUUUUAACAAAUCACCUCAUUAUUAACACCUUGCUGUCUUCCCAAUGGUUUGGUAGUUGUUUUGUUUUGUUUUGUUUGUUUUUAACACAAGUAACUAUUCUACCGAAAGGAGAUAAGGGCUUUUUAUUGCUGAUAAUUUGCAAUUUUUUUCCAUGUAAAAAUUUCUUAGAAGUCACCUUUAAAAUGAAUAAAAAUGCAAGUCAAUACAGCAGAAGGAGCUGAAGGUGUAGCACAGGCUUUUCUUUGCCCAACUUCCCUACUCUGCAUUUACUCAGCUGCAAUUCUAACAUAAGUCUUCUCUCUUCAUCCGCUAAGGGUCUACGCUUCACCAGGGCUGCUCUCCAUUUUCACAUCAUUCCCUGGCAUCGGCCCUGCCUGGGGCUAUAGAGGUUCAUGCCCUCGGCAGGAGGCACCCAGCACGUUCACACGGUGGCUGUGCUGUGCCUCGGGCGUCGGCUCUCUCCCUCCGUCAGCACUCUCUCACUGUAAUUCUCCUUUCGUGCCCAGACUCGCAGCAGCCCGGCCUCACCUCUCCCCACAGGUGUGGACUGAGCCCAGCGCCAGGCAGUGCCUGUGGUAAUACAGCGUGUUUCACAUCCAGCCGCGGCCUCCCCCAAAGCGCCCGAGCUGCCCCGUGCCGGCUGCGCCUGGUUUGGAGAGCUGCGCUGGGAGCCCCACGGGCAUCCCGCUCACGCCUCAGUCUGCCAUCACGGGCCCCGUCCCUCAGUGCCACAUCUGCGCGUUUCCUGCUGACUG